AUGGCCGACAAACGUAAGCACGUGGAUAGUUAUGAUGAUUUCGAUGAUGACAGUGACACGGAAGAGCAAUCAUCCAAGUUUCCAAAACACAUCAGAAAGCAAGAUAAACGGCUCAUUGUAAUACUUGAAAAUGCAAAUUUGGAAACUAUUAAGAAUGGCAAAAACCAUGAAUUGCUCAACAGUGAGGAUCACCUUGGGCACUUGAAAAAAUACAGAAAAGAUAGCUCCUUUUGUCGACCGGACAUCGCUCAUCAGUGUUUAAUGAUGUUAUUCGACAGUCCCCUGAACAGAGCUGGACUCUUGCAAGUGUACAUUCACACUGAGAAAAAUGUGCUCAUAGAAAUAAAUCCUCAGACAAGAAUACCAAGAACUUUCAAACGUUUUUCUGGUUUAAUGGUACAACUACUUUUCAAGCUCACAAUCAGGGCAGCCGAUGGAAAUCACAGACUCAUGAAAGUUAUUAAAAAUCCGAUCACAGAUCAUCUGCCAGUGGGUUGUAAAAAAAUAUGUAUGUCAUAUAAUGGAGAAAACACAGUUCAUCCCAGGGAAUUAGUUCCUACUGAUGAGCCAAUCGUUAUAGUUGUGGGUGCUAUGGCUCACGGAAAGGUUAAUGUUGAUUACACAGAAAAAACAGUUGCCAUUAGUGGCUACCCUCUAUCUGCUGCCUUAACUUGCAGUAAAUUAUGUACAGCAUUUGAAGAAGUGUGGGGAGUUCAAUAAUUUAUUUUAUUCAAAAUACUCAUAUAUAUAUUGUAAAUAUUUAUUGCAUAUGCCAAACAUCGCUUAUAUUUUUCACCUCUCGACAUUUUUCUAAUGUAUCUAGCAAUAUUCAUAUAAUUUUUUCUGGAAUAAAAGAACUGUGAAAUUU